AUGUUAAGGAUUAUAUGCAAAAUCAAGAGAUUCAAUGCCAGUUUUAUUGUUUCCUGUAAGCACUUCUGUUCCUUAGUUAAUGCUACAAAAAAAACUGAAACGAUAACUCAACAUGACCUUUUUUUUGAUGUCACCAAAGUAUCAAAGUUGCAUUCUUUAUUACAAUUCUGUGCAAAAAAUCGAGAAUCCAUUAAAGGGAAGGCCUGCCAUGGACAAGUUAUUCGAUUGGGGUUGGAAACGGACACCUUAACAUCAAAUAUGUUAAUGAAUGUGUACUCGAAGUGUGGUUUAAUUCGUUCUGCUUGUAAAGUGUUUGAUGGAAUGCCUGGCAGAAGUAUGGUUUCAUGGAAUACAAUGAUUGGUACUUGUGUGCAGAAUGGAGAGGAGGAAAAGGCUAUUGAGAUUUUCUUGGAAAUGCAAAGAGAAGGAAGCCCAUGUAGUGAAUUUACGGUUUCGAGUGUUAUUUGUGCUUGUGCUGCUAAAGGUGGUGUCUUUUUGUGUAGGCAGUUGCAUGCUUUUGCUAUUAAGGCUGUAAUGGAUGCCAAUGUUUUUGUGGGUACUGCAUUGCUUGAUGUCUAUGCAAAAUCUGGGUUGAUUGAGGAAGCAAGUUGUGUUUUUGAAGGGAUGCCUGAGAGGAGUGAUGUUACUUGGAGUUCAAUGGUGGCAGGUUAUGUGCAAAAUGAGCUUUAUGAGGAGGGCUUGGUGUUGUUUGCGAGAGGGAAGGAGAUGGGGCUUGAAUAUAAUCAGUUUAUGAUAUCAUCUGUUAUUAGGGCUUGUGCGGGGUUGGCGUCUUUGAUUGAAGGGAGGCACGUGCAUGCUAUUGUUUGUAGAACUGGUUUUGGUCCAAAUAAUUUUGUCGCUUCCGCUCUUGUAGACAUGUAUGCCAAAUGUGGCAGCAUAAAAGAGGCUUAUGUUGUGUUUUGUGAUAUAGAAAGAAAGAAUGUUGUCUUGUGGAAUGUGAUGAUUUCUGGGUUUGCUAAACAUGCUUGCUUUCUGGAAGUGAUGAAUUUAUUUGAGGAAAUGCAGCAGAUGGGUAUGCAUCCGGAUGAAGUGACUUAUGCUUCAGUAUUAUCUGCAUGUAAUCAUGUAGGUUUGGUCGACAAGGGACGAAGCUAUUUCGAACUUAUGACAAGAGAGCACCAUUUGUCACCAAAUGCCAUUCACUAUUCAUGCAUGGUUGAUAUUCUUGGUAGGGGAGGACCAGUCCGUGAAGCUCAUGAGUUGAUGACGAGAAUGCCAUUUGCUGCUACUGCUUCAAUGUGGGGAUCACUUUUGGCCUCUUGCAGGAUUCAUGGGAAUCUUGAAUUAGCUGAAAUUGCAGCUAAGAAACUGUUCGAGAUGGAACCUGACAGCGGGGGAAACUAUGUUUUGCUGGCAAACACAUAUGCUGCUAGUAAAAAGUGGGAGGAAGCUGCAAAAGCAAGGAAGUUUCUUAAAGAAAUUGAGGUGAUGAAGGAGAGGGGUAAAAGUUGGAUUGAAAUUAAGGACAAAGUUCACAUUUUUAUGUCUGAUGAGAGAACCCAUCCUAGAAUUACUGACAUAUAUUUAGAGUUGGACAACUUGCUAGAGGAGAUGACUAAAGUGGGCAAUAAAGCGGAGUCUGACUGUGACCUUCAUGAUCUUUAA